AUGCAGAAGGAGCUGGGCGCUGUGCCUCCCUGCGCUGGCAUGCAGGGCCGUGGGCCCCUCCCCCUGCUCCCACUGCUGCUACUGCUGCUGGGGACCAGGGUGCCAGGAGCCUGGGGUCAGGCCGGGAGCUUGGACCUGCAGAUUGAUGAGGAGCAGCCGGCAGGCACACUGAUCGGGGACAUCAGCGCAGGGCUCCCGGCAGGCACGGCGGCACCUCCCAUGUACUUCAUCUCUGCGCAGGAGGGCAGCGGCGUGGGCACAGACCUGGCCAUCGACGAGCACAGCGGGGUGGUCCGGACGGCCCGCGUCCUAGACCGUGAGCGGCGGGACCGCUACCGCUUCACCGCGGUCACCCCUGACGGCGCCACCGUGGAAGUGACCGUGCGGGUGGCUGACAUCAAUGACCACGCGCCAGCCUUCCCGCAGGCGCGCGCUGCCCUGCAGAUACCCGAGCACACGGCGCUCGGCACUCGCUACCCGCUGGAGCCGGCUCGGGACGCGGACGCUGGCCGCCUCGGGACCCAGGGCUACGCGUUGUCCGGCGAUGGGGCCGGAGAGACCUUCCAGCUGGAGACACGUCCUGGUCCGGAUGGGGCUCCCGUGCCCGAGCUGGUGAUUGCGGGGGACCUGGACCGAGAGAACCGCUCACACUACAUGCUGCAACUGGAGGCCUACGACGGCGGUUCGCCCCCCCGGAGGGCCCAGGCCCUGCUGGAUGUGACGCUGCUGGACAUCAACGACCAUGCCCCGGCCUUCAACCAGAGCCGCUAUCACGCCGUGGUGUCCGAGAGCCUGGCCCCCGGCAGCCCGGUCUUGCAGGUGUAUGCGGCCGACGCCGACGCCGACGCCAACGGGGCCGUGACGUACGAGAUCAACCGGAGGCAGAGCGAGGGCGACGGGCCCUUCUCCAUCGACGCGCGCACGGGGCUGCUGCGGCUGGAGCGGCCGCUGGACUUCGAGCAGCGGCGGGUCCACGAGUUGGUGGUGCAGGCUCGGGACGGGGGGGCCCACCCGGAGCUGGGCUCGGCUUUUGUGACCGUGCACGUGCGGGACGCCAACGACAACCAGCCCUCCAUGACCGUCAUCUUCCUCAGCGCCGACGGCUCCCCCCGCGUGUCCGAGGCCGCCCCGCCUGGCCAGCUCGUGGCUCGCAUCUCCGUGUCCGACCCAGACGACGGUGACUUCGCCCACGUCAACGUGUCCCUGGAGGGCGGAGAGGGCCACUUCGCCCUGAGCACCCAGGACAGCGUCAUCUACCUGGUGUGCGUGGCUCGGCAGCUGGAUCGGGAGGAGCGGGACGCCUAUAACUUGCGGGUGACCGCCACCGACUCGGGCUCCCCGCCGCUGCGGGCCGAGGCCGCCUUCGUGUUGCACGUCACCGACGUCAACGACAACGUGCCCGCCUUUGACCGCCAGCUCUACCGGCCGGAGCCCCUGCCUGAGGUCGCGCUGCCUGGCAGCUUCGUGGUGCGGGUGAUGGCCCGCGAUCCUGACCAGGGCACCAACGGGCAGGUCACCUAUAGCCUGGCCCCAGGCAGCCACGCCCGCUGGUUCUCCAUCGACCCCACCUCGGGCAUCAUCACCACGGCGGCCUCGCUGGACUACGAGGUGGAACCCCAGCCACAGCUGAUCGUGGUGGCCACGGACGGGGGCCUGCCCCCUCUCGCCUCCUCCGCCACCGUGAGCGUGGCCCUGCAAGACGUGAACGAUAACGAGCCCCAGUUCCAGAAGACUUUCUACAACGCCUCGCUGCCCGAGGGCACCCCGCCGGGAACCUGCUUCCUCCAGGUGACAGCCACAGAUGCAGACAGCGGCCCGUUUGGCCUCCUCUCCUAUUCCCUGGGUGCCGGGCUCGGGGCCUCAGGGGCUCCCCCUUUCCGCAUUGAUGCCCACAGUGGUGACGUGUGCACGACUCAGACCCUGGACCGCGACCAGGGGCCCUCAAGCUUCGACUUCACGGUGACGGCUGUGGAUGGGGGAGGCCUCAAGUCCAUAGUGUAUGUGAAGGUGUUCGUGUCAGACGAGAAUGAUAACCCGCCUCAGUUCUAUCCACGGGAGUAUGCGACCAGCCUGAGCGCCCAGAGCCCACCGGGCACGGCUGUGCUGAGAGUGCGCGCUCAUGACCCCGACCAGGGGCCCCAUGGGCGGCUCGCCUACCACAUCCUGGCUGGCAACAGCCCCCCACUCUUUGCCUUGGACGAGCACUCAGGGCUGCUGACAGUAGCGUGGCCCUUGGCCAGGCAGGUCAACUCUGUGGUGCAGCUGGAGAUUGGGGCUCAGGAUGGCGGUGGCCUGAAGGCAGAGCCCAGUGCCCGCGUCAACAUCAGCAUUGUGCCUGGUACCCCCAUACCGCCCAUAUUUGAACAACUGCAGUAUGUCUUUUCGGUGCCAGAGGAUGUGGCACCCGGCACUAGUGUGGGCAUAAUCCAGGCACACAACCCACCAGGUCGCUUGGGGCCAGUGACCCUCGCCCUCUCCGGUGGGGACCCCCGAGGACUCUUCUCCCUGGAUGGGGCCUCGGGGCUGUUACAGACGCUUCGCCCUCUGGACCGGGAGCUGCUGGGGCCGGUGCUGGAGCUGGAGGUGCGGGCAAGCAGUGGAGCGCCCCCAGCUUUCACCGUGGCUCGGGUGCGUGUGCUGCUGGAUGAUGUGAAUGACAAUUCCCCGGCGUUCCCCGCACCCGAAGACACAGUAUUGCUGCCACCAAGCACCGCCCCGGGGACCCUCGUCUACACCCUGCGCGCUCUGGACCCAGACUCGGGCGUUAACGGUCGAGUCACCUUUAACCUUCUUGCCGGAGGUGACGGGGUCUUCACCGUGGACCCCCCCACGGGCCACGUACGGCUUAUAGGACCUCUGGGGGCCCCAGGGGGCCCAGCGCAUGAACUAGACCUGGAAGCCCGGGAUGGAGGCUCCCCGCCCCGCACCAGCCCCUUUCGACUGCGGGUGGUGGUGCAGGACUUGGUGGCCCGUGGGCUGGCUCCCCACUUCGACAGCCCUACCUACCGCGUGGACCUGCCCUCCGGCACCACCCCUGGAACGCAGGUUCUGCAAGUGAAGGCUCGAGCGCCUGAUGGGGGCGCUGUCACCUACCACCUAGCAGGAGAUGGGCCAAGCAGCCCUUUCGGCCUGGAGCCACAGAGUGGGUGGCUGUGGGUGCGGGCAGCCCUGGACCGUGAGUCCCAGGAGUUGUACACACUAAAGGUAAUGGCAGUGUCUGGGUCCAAAGCCGAGUUGGGGCAGCAGACGGGCACGGCCACCGUGAGGGUCAGCGUCCUCAAUCAGAAUGACCACAGCCCCCGCCUGUCCGAGGAGCCCACGUUCCUGGCCGUGGCAGAGAACCAGCCCCCAGGGACCAGCGUGGGCCGGGUCUAUGCCAGUGACCGAGACUCGGGACCCAACGGACGCCUGACCUACAGCCUACGACAGAUGUCGGAAGACAGCAAGGCCUUCCGCAUCCACCCCCAGACCGGAGAAGUGACCACCCUCCACACCCUGGACCGCGAGCGGCAGAGCAGCUACCAGCUCCUGGUGCGGGUGCAGGACGGGGGCAGCCCACCCCGCAGCACCACAGGCACCGUGCACAUCGCCGUGCUCGACCUCAACGACAACAGCCCCACCUUCCUGCAGGCUUCCGGGGCUGCUGGCGGGGGCCUCCCUGUGCAGGUACCAGACCGAGUGCCUCCAGGGACGCUGGUGACGACUCUGCAGGCCAAGGACCCGGAUGAAGGGGAGAAUGGGACCAUCCUGUACACACUGACUGGUCCCGGCUCAGAGCUCUUCUCUCUGCACCCUCACUCAGGGGAGCUGCUCACCGCAGCACCCCUGAUCCGAGCAGAGCGGCCCCACUAUGUGCUGACGCUGAGUGCCCAUGACCAAGGCAGCCCUCCUCGGAGUUCCAGCCUCCAGCUGCUGGUGCAGGUGCUCCCCUCCGCUCACUCGGCUGAGCCUCCACCGGAUCCUUCAGAGCCGGACCCAGCGGCACCCGUGCCCGUCGUGCUGACGGUGACAGCGGCCGAGGGGCUGCAGCCGGGCUCCCUGCUGGGCUCGGUGGCGCCGCCUGAGCCGGCGGCGGGCGUGGGACCGCUCACCUACACCCUGGUGGGCGGCGCGGACCCGGAGGGCACCUUCGCGCUGGAGGCGGCCUCGGGGCGCCUGUACCUGGCGCGGCCGCUGGACUUCGAGGCCGGCCCGGCGUGGCGCGCGCUCACGGUGCGCGCCGAGGGCCCGGGCGGCGCGGGCGCGCGGCUGCUGCGCGUGCAGGUGCGCGUGCAGGACGAGAACGAGCACGCGCCGGCCUUCGCGCGCGACCCUCUGGCGCUGGCGCUGCCGGAGAACCCGGACCCGGGCGCCGCGCUGUACACCUUCCGCGCCUCGGACGCUGACGGGCCGGGCCCCAACAGCGACGUGCGCUACCGCCUGCUGCGCCAGGAGCCGCCCGCGCCCGCGCUGCGCCUGGACGCGCGCACCGGGGCGCUGAGCGCGCCGCUCGGGCUGGACCGCGAGGCCACGCCCGCGCUGCUGCUGCUGGUGGAGGCCUCCGACCGGCCCGCCAACGCCAGCCGCCGCCGCACGGCGCGCGUGUCGGCGCGCGUCUUUGUCACCGACGAGAACGACAACGCGCCGGUCUUCGCCUCGCCCUCGCGCGUGCGCCUCCCCGAGGACCAGCCGCUCGGGCCCGUGGCGCUGCACGUGGUGGCCCGGGACCCGGACCUGGGCGAGGCCGCGCGCCUCACCUACCGCCUGGCCGCGGGCGGGGACGGCUACUUCCGGCUGCACUCCAGCACCGGGGCGCUGUCCCUGGUGCGGCCCCUGGACCGGGAGCAUCGAGCCGAGCACCUCCUGACCGUGGUGGCCACCGACCACGGCUCCCCGCCGCGCUCCGCCACGCAGCUCCUCACGGUCAGUGUGGCUGAUGUCAACGACGAGGCACCGGCUUUCCAGCAGCAGGAGUACAGCGUCCUCUUGCGGGAGAACAGCCCGCCUGGCACAUCUCUGCUCACUCUGCGGGCAACCGACCCGGACCUGGGGGCCAAUGGGCAGGUGACCUAUGGAGGCAUCUCUGGCGAUAGCUUCUCCCUGGACCCAGACACUGGAGUUCUCACGACUCUUCGGGCCCUGGAUCGGGAGGAACAGGAGGAGAUCAACCUGACAGUGUAUGCCCGAGACAGGGGAUCACCUCCGCUGUUGACCCACGUCACCGUACGAGUGGCUAUAGAGGAUGAGAAUGACCAUGCGCCAACCUUUGGGAGUGCCCAUCUCUCCCUGGAAGUGCCCGAGGGCCAGGACCCCCAGACCCUCACCACGCUGCGGGCUUCUGACCCAGAUGUGGGAGCAAAUGGGAAGUUGCAGUACCGCAUCCUGGAUGGGGACCCAUCAGGAGCCUUUGUCCUAGAUCUAGCCUCUGGGGAGUUUGGUACCAUGAGACCACUGGACCGAGAGGUGGAACCAGCUUUCCAGCUGCGGAUAGAGGCUCGGGAUGGAGGCCAGCCUGCUCUCAGCGCCACUCUGCUGGUGACAGUGACAGUGCUGGAUGCCAAUGACCAUGCCCCAGCCUUUCCUGUGCCCGCCUACUCCGUGGAGGUGCCUGAGGAUGCCCCUACAGGAACUCUGCUGUUGCAGCUACAGGCUCACGACCCUGAUGCUGGGGCCAAUGGCCAUGUGACCUACUACCUGGGUGCAGGGGCAGCAGGAGCCUUCCUGCUGGAGCCCAGCUCCGGGGAGCUGCGUACAGCCACCGCCCUAGAUAGAGAGCAGUGUUCCAGCUAUUCCUUCUCCGUGAGUGCGGUGGACGGUGCAGCCGCUGGGCCCCUGAGCACCACGGUGCCCGUCACCAUCACAGUGCGCGAUGUCAAUGACCAUGCGCCCACUUUCCCCUCCAGUCCCCUGAGGCUGCGCCUGCCCCGCCCAGGCCCCAGCCUCAGCACCCCGACCCUGGCUCUGGCCACUCUGCGAGCCGAAGACCGUGACGCUGGUGCGAAUGCCUCCAUCCUCUAUAGGCUGGCGGGCACACCGCCUCCCGGCACCACCGUGGACUCCUACACUGGUGAAAUCCGUGUGACCCGCUCCCCCGUAGGCCUGGGCCCCCGGGAGCGUGUCCUCUUCAUCGUGGCCACUGACCUUGGCCGUCCUGCUCGCUCUGCCACCGGUGUGGUCAUUGUGGGGCUGCAGGGGGAGUCUGAACGUGGACCCCGCUUCCCUCGUGCUAGCGGCGAAGCUGUGCUCCGUGAGAAUGCACCCCCAGGGACUCCCAUUGCCUCCCCUAAGGCUGUCCACACGGGGGGCUCAAAUGGACCAAUCACCUACAGCAUUCUCAGUGGGAAUGAGAAAGGGACAUUCUCCAUCCAGCCUAACACAGGAGCCAUCACAGUUCGCUCAGCAGAGGGGCUGGACUUUGAGGCAAACCCACGGAUGAGACUAGUGCUGCAGGCAGAGAGCGGAGGAGCCUUUGCUUUCUCCGUGCUGACCCUGGCCCUGCAAGAUGCCAAUGACAAUGCCCCCCGCUUCCUGCAGCCCCACUACGUGGCCUUUCUGCCUGAAUCCAGGCCCUUGGAGGGGCCCCUGCUGCAGGUGGAAGCCGAUGACCUGGACCAAGGCCCCAGUGGACAGAUCUCCUACAGUCUGGCUGCAUCCCAGCCAGCACGGGGACUGUUUCAUGUAGACCCAGUCUCGGGCGCCAUCACGACCACAGCCAUCCUGGACCGUGAGAUCUGGGCGGAAACACGGCUGGUGCUCAUGGCCACCGACCGAGGAAGCCCAGCCCUGGUGGGCUCAGCUACCCUGACGGUGAUGGUCAUCGACACCAACGACAACCGACCCACCAUCCCCCAGCCCUGGGAGCUCCAAGUAUCUGAAGAUGCACUGUUGGGCUCGGAGAUCGCACAGGUCACAGGGAAUGACGUGGACUCCGGCCCGGUGCUGUGGUACGUGCUGAGCUCCUCCGGACCCCAGGAUCCCUUCAGCGUCGGCCGCUACGGAGGCCGUGUCUCCCUCACGGGCCCCUUGGACUUUGAGCAGUGUGACCGCUACCACCUGCAGCUGCUGGCGCACGAUGGGCCUCACGAGGGCCGCGCCAACCUCACCGUGCUCGUGGAGGACGUCAACGACAACGCACCUGUCUUCUCACAGAGCCUCUACCAGGUGACGCUGCUGGAACACACGCCCCCAGGCAGUGCCAUUCUCUCCGUCUCUGCCACCGACCGGGACUCGGGAGCCAAUGGUCACGUCUCCUACCACCUGGCUUCCCCCGCUGAGGGCUUCAGUGUUGACCCCAACAAUGGGACCUUGUUCACGACAACGGGAGCAGUGGCUUUGAGCCACGAGGGGCUAGGAGCGGUGGACGUGGUGCUGGAAGCUCGAGAUCACGGGCUGCCGGGCCGGGCGGCCCGGGCCACGGUGCAUGUACAGCUGCAGGACCAGAACGACCACGCCCCAAGCUUCACAUUGCCGCACUACCGUGUGGCGGUGACCGAGGACCUGCCCCCCGGCUCCACCCUGCUCACCCUGGAGGCCACCGACGCUGACGGGAGCCGCACGCAUGCCGCCGUGGACUACAGCAUUGUCAGUGGCAACCGGGGCCGCGUCUUCCAGCUGGAACCCCGCCUCGCUGAAGCUGGGGAGGGCGGCGGGCGAGGCCCCCAGGCGCUGGGGUGCCUGGUGUUGCUUGAGCCUCUAGACUUUGAAAGCUUAACCCAGUAUAACCUCACCGUGGCGGCAGCUGACCGGGGACAGCCGCCUCGCAGCUCGGCCGUGCCGGUAACCGUCACCGUGCUGGACGUCAACGACAACCCGCCCGUCUUCUCCCGGGCGUCCUACCGCGUGGCCGUGUCCGAGGACACGCCCGCCGGAGCCGAGCUGCUGCGCGUGGAGGCCUCCGACGCUGACCCCGGCCCCCACGGCCUCGUGCGCUUCACCCUCAGCUCGGGCGACCCCGCCGGGCUCUUCGAGCUGGAUGCGAGCUCGGGCGCCCUGCGGCUGGCCCGGCCCUUGGACUGUGAGACCCAGGCUCGGCAUCAGCUUGUGGUGCAGGCCGCGGACCCUGCGGGGGCCCACUUCGCUCUGGCGCCGGUGACCGUCGAGGUCCAGGACGUGAACGACCACGGCCCAGCCUUCCCUCUGAGCUUGCUCAGCACCAGCCUGGCGGAGAACCAGCCUCCCGGCACCCUCGUGACCACGCUGCACGCGCUGGAUGGGGACGCCGGGGCCUUCGGGAGGCUCCGCUACACCCUGUUGGAGGCUGGCCCCGGGCCUGAGGGACGGGAGGCCUUUGCCCUGAACAGCUCGACCGGGGAGCUGCGGGCACGGGUGGCCUUUGACUACGAGCACACAGGAAGCUUCCAGCUGCUGGUGGGUGCUGCCGACGCCGGGAACCUCUCCGCCUCCGUCACGGUGUCCGUGCUGGUGACUGGCGAGGAUGAGUAUGACCCCGUGUUCCUGGCGCCGGCGUUCCACUUCCAAGUGCCGGAAGGUGCCCGGCGUGGCCACAGCCUGGGUCACGUGCAGGCCACGGAUGAGGACGGGGGUGCCGACGGCCUGGUGCUCUACUCCCUCGCCACCUCUUCUCCCUACUUUGGUAUCAACCAGACUACAGGUGCCCUGUACCUGCGGGUGGACAGCCGAGCGCCGGGCGGCGGGACAGGCCCCUCCGGGGGCGGGGGCCGCACCCGGCGUGAGGCACCCCGGGAGCUGAGGCUGGAAGUGGUGGCGCGGGGGCCUCUGCCUGGCUCGAGGAGCGCCACAGUGCCGGUGACCGUGGAUAUCACCCACACGGCGCUGGGCCUGGCACCCGACCUCAACCUGCUCCUGGUGGGGGCCGUGGCAGCCUCCCUGGGGGUGGUGGUGGUGCUUGCGCUGGCAGCCCUGGUCCUGGGGCUGGUGCGGGCCCGUAACCGCAAGGCCGAGGCGGCGCCUGGCCCCAUGUCCCAGGCGGCACCCCUAGCCAGCGGCUCCCUGCAGAAGCUGGGCCGGGAGCCGCCCAGCCCGCCGCCCUCCGAGCACCUGUACCACCAGACUCUCCCCAGCUACGGCGGGCCAGGAGCGGGAGGCCCCUACCCGCGGGGCGGCUCCCUGGACCCCUCGCACUCGAGCGGCCGGGGCUCCGCAGAGGCUGCGGAGGACGACGAGAUCCGCAUGAUCAACGAGUUCCCCCGCGUGGCCAGCGUGGCCUCCUCCCUCGCCGCCCGCGGCCCCGACUCGGGCAUCCAGCAGGAUGCAGACGGACUGAGCGACACGUCCUGCGAGCCGCCUGCCCCCGACAGCUGGUAUAAGGGCCGGAAGGCAGGGCUGCUGCUGCCAGGCGCAGGCGCCGCUCUGUACCGGGAGGAGGGACCCCCAGCCACUGCCACGGCCUUCCUGGGGGGAUGUGGCCUGAGCCCUGCGCCCACUGGGGACUAUGGCUUCCCAGCCGAUGGCAAGCCGUGCGUGGCGGGCGCGCUGACGGCCAUCGUGGCCGGCGAGGAGGAGCUCCGCGGCAGCUACAACUGGGACUACCUGCUGAGCUGGUGCCCUCAGUUCCAGCCGUUGGCCAGUGUGUUCACAGAGAUCGCCCGGCUCAAGGAUGAGGCGCGGCCGUGCCCCCCGGCGCCCCGUAUUGACCCGCCGCCCCUCAUCACUGCCGUGGCUCACCCCGGAGCCAAGUCUGUGCCUCCCAAGCCAGCCAGCACAGCCGCAGCCCGGGCCAUCUUCCCGCCGGCCUCUCACCGCUCCCCCAUCAGCCACGAAGGCUCCCUGUCCUCAGCCGCCAUGUCCCCCAGCUUCUCGCCCUCACUGUCCCCUCUGGCUGCCCGCUCGCCCGUCGUCUCGCCGUUUGGGGUGGCCCAGGGCCCCUCAGCCUCAGCACUUAGCGCAGAGUCCGGCCUGGAGCCACCGGAUGACACGGAGCUGCACAUCUAG